CCAUGGGCUCCCGUGGGCGGCCGCGCCUGGGCGCCACCUGCCAGGUGUUCGCCAGGUAUCAAUCAACACCAGCUCAUUCCCCACCUCCCGCCAAAUCACAUGGGUGGACUGAACCAUCCCAGUAAAUACUACAAUAAUGGUCCCAUGCAGGCACGCGGGGGAGAGAAGCUGGACCUGUCCCCGGCCGUGCUCCCUGCCCUCCAGAGGGAGCCGGCCCAUAGGCCUCCCCCCCCUCCCCACCGCGUCUGGGAGCAGCUGUACGAGUCCCACCCUCCCCCGGGACCCGGACCCUUGCCCGGCGACCACACGCCUCGCCUGCACAACGGCUACAACCCGGGGCCUCCCCCCCCCCGCCCCCCACCACGCCCCCGGCAGACCCAAUCAGCUGCUGAAGUACGGGGGACCUCAGGAGCAGCAUAUCUCCAGGGCCCCGCCCCCUCUGGGAGAUGAGCUGUGGGCGCAGGUGCAGCAGGGCCAGCAGAGGGGCUACCCAGGGAAGAUGCUGGGGGGUCAGCUGAAGAGGCCGGCCCCACCUCUGGGGGAGCACUCGGUCAUCCAGCACGCCCCGCCCCCCCCGCUGCACCCCUCGGCGCGCCCCGGAGACGACUGCCCCAGCCCCAGCAAGAGGACGAGGAGCUCGGACCAGGUACCUCAUCCAGGGAUGCAGAGGUUCCCUGGUGCCAGCCAGCCCCCCCUGCAGCCCAGCUACCCCCCUCCCAAGCCCACCUUCUGGAACCCCAUACACAAGGCCAAUGCCCCCUGGCCCCAGCCCGAACGCAAGAACCCCUCCAUGGAGUUCCAGGUCAGAACCGACUCAGGCAAGCCAGGCAUGGGCGGUGGCUACACCUACAAGUCUCUCCAACCCUCCGCCCCCUCACCCCUCUCCCCCACCUCAUCCCCUGGGGGUUACCCCCAGCAGGGGCGAGGAGCCCCCCCACCCCACAAACCUCCCUUCCAACCUCAGGCUCUCAAUCAACCCCUUCACAACCAGCACCACCCUUCCUCGUACCCCCACCCCAACAAGCCAGUCUCAGCCCCCCCGCGUGUGGAGCCCAGGGCCGCACCGCCUCAGAGGGGGCCCAACCAGGGGGGCCGUUCAGGCAUCCAGCCCCCUCCUCACCCCUCCAGGGGGGACCGAGAACACCCUCACACCCACCCUCACCCCCAGCCCUCACCAGCAAACCCGACCGGCGUGCCUUACAGCCAUCCCCAGUUCCAGCCCCACCCAGGGUUGCAGGGCCCCCCUCCUGCCAGCUCCUCCUCAGUACCUCAGCUGCACAGCCAGGCCCAGAACCAGGCCCAACAUCAGGUCUGGAGACACCAGAACCAGGGCAGGCCAGGCCACCAUCAUAACAUAGAGUCUGGUCACUACAGGGUCCCUGGCACGGUACCUCAGGGGCAGCAGAGCCACAACCAGAACCAUCAGGAGAACCGGGCUUCAGCCCCUUCCCAGAGCCAGCAUCAUCAACACCUGAGCCUCCCUCCCCACGGCCUCCCGGCCUCUACUCGGACCCCUGUCAUCACCCACAACCCACCCGUUUCCCAGCCUCCCUGUUCUGUGAAUCGUUUCACUAACUCCAAUUCCCACAGUUCCAGUGGUGUCAUUUCUGUACCUGCCAUCUCUACUGUGACCACGGCGCCCCCUUCUGUCUGCUCAGUAGUCAACAGCAGCAGCACCUGGAGAGGGCCCCAAACCACCACCCCCUCCUCCCUGGAUGCCCUCCUGCACCCAGGCUAUCAGGGAGCCCAUUUGGGCCCAGCCAGCCAGCCCCCCUCUCAGGCCCCCAGGCCCCAGCAGCCCCCCAGCAACCACCAGCCCACACAGGGGAAGUCCUACUAUGGAAGAUCCGACUUGGAGCGCUACCAGACAUCUUCGGCACCCUCGUCUUCGUCAUCAGGCCUGGGAAGGACAGGGGAGAGUGUCAUUACCAGCAGGGCGUCCAACCCUGACCCCGCUGUGCCCAGCUCCCCCCUCCAUCGCCCCAUGCACCCACCUGCCCCCGCUGUGCCCAGCUCCCCCCUCCAUCGCCUCAUGCACCCACCUGCCCCCGCUGUGACCAGCUCCCCCCUCCAUCGCCCCAUGCACCCACCUGCCCCCGCUGUGCCCAGCUCCCCCCUCCAUCGCCCCAUGCACCCACCUGCCCCACACCACUCCAGCACGCAGCCUUCCUCAAACCCCCCCUUCUCCAGACUCUGCCCCCAACCUAGCCCCUCUGUUCAGGGCUACUCUCACCCUGCCCCUCAGCCCCCCGCCCCCGUAACCCAGUCUAUUGAAGAAGCGCUGGAUAAACUGGAUGCAGAGUUAGAGGGCCACAUGCAGGCAGAGGAGAGGAGGAGAGACUGGGAGAGAGAGAAGGAGCAGAGGAAGAGGAGGGAGGAGGAGGAGGAGAGGAAGAGGAGGAGGGAGUGGGAGAGACAGGAGGAGGAGAAGAAGAGAAAGCGGGAGUGGGAAAGGCAAGAGGAGGAGAGGAGGAAGAGGAGAGAGUGGGAGAAACAGGAAGAGGAGAGGAAGAAACGAAGGGAGUGCGAGAGAAAGGAGGAGGAGCGAAAGAGGAGAAUGGAGAGGAAGAUGAAGGAGGAGGAGGAGAUGACUCGGAAAGGAAGAGAGGAGAGCGCCAUCGAGAGUUUGGAAAGACUCCUGUCAAACAGAACUUUGCCGUCAUCGUCGUCACCCUCCGCACCCCAACCUCCAUGCCUCUCCUCCGUCACCCACCCCAAUCCUCCACCCUCGACCCAGUCCUCGCCCCCCUACCCCUGGCUGAGCCGGGGAGGGGUGCCCCCUUGUCCUACAGUCCAGGCCGCAGGGAUCCAGCCUCCUCCAACCCCCUUGGAAAGACUCCGUCCUCCCCCGCUCACCCCCCAGACUGAGUACGCAAGGGAGAAGCAGAGGCAGAGAGAGAUGUGGGGAGGAAACAACAGAGGCCCCAACCCCCCCUCAAAAAAUACCUCAGGGAUGACCCAGCCCUCCUAUCCCAGCCCUGCCCCCUCCUCCAACCCCCACCAGACCACGGUGCAAGGCCUACCACCCAAAAGUGAGAGAGGCAGCCCGGAGGCCGGAGCUCUCGGCCCCCCAAAGCUCUUCCAGGCCUUCCCCAGAGACGCCCUGUGCUCCGGCACCACCUCCAGCACCACGGGGGGCCUCCUCCAGAAGCGCAUGCCCAGCGGAGGGCUCGGCAGCCUGGGUAGCAGCACCAACAGCUCCAGCGGGGACUCGGACAGCGCCCAGUUUGAGGAGGAGCCCUCGGACAUGUCCACCCUGCUGCCCGACGGCCUCGCCAACAUCAUGGCCAUGCUGGACGAGUCCAUCAAGAAGGAGGAGGAGCUCUGCGGCGGCGACCAGGGCAGGUCUCGUGAUGUCAUCGUCACCGCUUUCCAGGCCGGCGCCAUGCCGCCCAUCAAGAGCUACCUGUGCGCCCCGGACCUCAUCCCGGCGCCCAAACAGCAAGCCCAGGAGGACUUUGGGUCACUCGACGCCCACUCUAGCCCUCCUGUCCUCAGCCGCCAGGGCUCCCUGGCCUCCCCCUGCAGCCGCACCUCCUCCCUCAACGACGAGGACGACGACAGCAGUCCCAAACCCGCCCUCCCCCUCGGCGGGAAACAGAACAUGGAUGCCGGAUCGGGAACGGCGGGGACCAACUACAGACACAGCGACCUGGCCAAGCUGUACGGCCUCCCAGAGCCGGGGAAGAGCGAGGCGGACGAGGAAGACGAGGAAGAGGAGCCGUCCUGCUCCCCUCCGCCUCAGAGGCCCCACCUCCACCAGACGGGCGUCAACAGCACGUUCAAGUCGCUGGAGUCCGUGCUGGAGAGCCAGAAGUACGCCUACCGAGGAGGGCCGUUCGGACGCCCCCCGCCUUCCGCGCUGGUCGGGGUCAAGUACUCCUCCUCGCUCUCGUUGGGCCCCGACAUCUGCCGGCAGCAGCAGAGCACCUCCCCGACCUCCAACUCGAUCAAUCAGCCGAGCUUCAACACGGUUGUUCCGUCCGUGAAGUCACGGCCGCAUUCCCCGAUUGGCUGGCCAGAGAGCAGGAAGAUAAAGGUAGAGGAGCCGGACGACUGGAGGGAAGACGCGAAGGAGAGGAGGAUGAGCUCAGGAAAGGAGUCCAUCAAGACGGAGCCUAAAGAGGAGAUGAAGCUGACCACCAUCUCGGAGUCGUCACUGGCCGAGCUUGGCCGGAGCUGCGAGGUGUUCCUCAACAGCCAAUCUCUGCCCAGCAGGAACCACUCGGACCAGACCAAGACCCAGCUCAAACACGAGGACAGACACAAGCCCGAGAGAGAGAAGGAACGGGACAGGGAGAGGGAUAGAGAGAAGGCCAAGAAGAAGAAACAUGGGAGUACCCACAGCAGUCACAGCAGCAGCAGUAGCAUCAGCAAGAAGCAUGAGGAAAGGACGGACAGGAAGAAAAAGCACAGGGAGAAACGAGAGAUGUCCUUCUCCUCCUCCUCCUCUUCCUCCCACUCGAGCUCCAGCAAACGGCACAAGGAGAAGAAGGACAGGAGGAUUCUGGGAGAUCUGGACCUCCAGAGCAAGGAGGUCAGGGAAAAGGAGCGGGCCCACUCGGACGCGGAGAGGAAGAGGAGGAGGGAGGCGGGCGCCGGCUCGGCGGGGUCCGGGUCCACCAGCGAGGGAGAGCACUCGGAGUGGGCGUCCCAGAGCGGAGUCGACCGGACGGCCUCCAAGGACCAGGCGGACGCGGCGGGCUCGGCGCUGGGCUCCAACGACUUCCUGAAGCUCAAGGCGCUGUCGGACGGGCCGCCCAAGGAGCUGAAGAUCCGCCUGAUCAAGGUGGAGAGCGGAGACCGCGAGACUUUCAUCGCCUCGGAGGUGGAGGAGAAGAGGAUCCCCCUGGAGGAGAUCAACAUCAGGAACUCAGCCAGCGAGGUCAUCAGGGCUUGCAAGGGAGCGAGAGUGAAGGGGAAGUUCAGAGAGUCCUACCUGCUGCCUGCCUUCUCUGUGAAACCCGUCAUGUCAGUGGAUCCUAUCCCCCGAGAGAAACUCAACCCUCCCACCCCGAGCAUCUACCUGGAGAGCAAGAGAGACGCCUUCUCACCGGUGCUGCUGCAGUUCUGCACCGACCCCAAGAACCCCGUCACCGUGAUCAGAGGCCUGGCGGGGUCGCUACGACUCAACCUGGGCCUGUUCUCCACCAAGUCCCUGGUGGACGCCAACGCGGAGCACGCCGUGGAGGUGAGGACGCAGGUGCAGCAGCCGGCCGACGAGAACUGGGACGCCAGCGGCACGGGCCAGACGUGGCCCUGCGAGAGCAGCCGCUCCCACACCACCAUCGCCAAGUACGCCCAGUACCAGGCCUCCUCCUUCCAGGAGAGCCUGCAGGAGGACAAGGGCAGCGACGAGGAGGAGGAUGAAGAGGAGAAGGAGAAGAAGCAGCCCGGCAGUUUGGAGAUGCAGUGUAAAGAGGGAAUGACUACCGGUGGCAGCGCCGAUCAGAAAUCAGUGGGGAAGAUCAUCAAGUUUGGGACCAACAUCGACCUGUCAGACCCUAAGAGAUGGAAGCCCCAGUUACAGGAGCUGCAGAAGCUGCCAGCCUUCAUGCGGGUGGCAUCUGGCGGCAACAUGCUGAGUCACGUGGGGCACACCAUCCUGGGCAUGAACACCGUCCAGCUCUACAUGAAGGUCCCCGGCAGCCGCACGCCUGGUCACCAGGAGAACAACAACUUCUGCUCCGUCAACAUCAACAUCGGUCCUGGGGACUGUGAGUGGUUCUCUGUGCACGAGAACUACUGGCCCGCCAUCAACGACUUCUGUGAAAAACACGGAGUGGACUAUCUGACCGGGUCCUGGUGGCCAGUCCUGGAGGACCUGUACCGCUCCAACAUCCCCGUGUACCGCUUCAUCCAGCGGCCCGGGGACCUGGUCUGGAUCAACGCCGGUACCGUGCACUGGGUCCAGGCUGUGGGCUGGUGCAACAACAUCGCCUGGAAUGUGGGACCGCUCAACUCUUACCAGUAUCAGCUGGCCCUGGAGAGGUUUGAGUGGAACGAGGUGAAGAAGGUCAAGUCCAUCGUCCCCAUGAUCCACGUUUCCUGGAACGUGGCUCGUACCGUCAAGGUCACCGACCCCGACACCUACAAGAUGAUCAAACACUGCCUGCUGCAAUCCAUCAAGCACAUCCAGAUCCUGAGGGACCAGCUGGGGGCGUCAGGGAAGAAGAUUUCCUACCAGAGCAGGGUCAAGGACGAGCCCGCCUACUACUGCAACGAGUGUGACGUGGAGGUGUUCAACCUGCUGUUUGUGACCAGCGAGACUGGGAGCAGGAAGACCUAUGUGGUGCACUGUGAGGACUGCGCCCGCCAGCGCAGCCCCAGCCUGGCCAACGUGGUGGUGCUGGAGCAGUACCGCAUGGAGGAGCUGAUGGCCACCUACGACAGCUUCAACCUGGCAUCACCCUCCACUUCGCGGUGACAGACCUCCUCCACAUCAGUCCCUCUCAGCCAUAACCAAAACUCCUGCAAGCCAGGACAAACACAUUCUUAUUUUGGUGAUUUUAAUUUUGCUUCCUUUUAAAAUGUGUUUUUGUAGUUUUUGUGUUUGUUUUUUACUACUACUGCUAAUACUUGCAAUUACAGCCAAUUGAAAACCAGUUUACUCAUCACUGUUUACAAAAUAAAACAUAUAAAAAAAGAAAUGCCACCAAUCAUAUGCCAGUUUACUCUCAAUGGUGCUCAUGAGAAGACCAGACACCUGGUUAUGGAGGACUUGAAUAUGUAGAGCAGUUGGUGCUGCCAUUGAACAAACUAAACAUAGGGAGUCAGUGGUUUCAAUGGCAUGUUAUUGUUUCUGAAUUUUGUUUAAGUUUGAUUUGUUUUUGUCAUCUUGAAUACUGAAAUGUGUACAUUGCUGUUUGUAUUUUAUGUGGGGUGAUGUUUUUCCUCGAUAAUUUAUUGUUUUGUUUUCUAAACUAGAUCCGCCUAGCUAUAUACCACAUUGGCCUUGUGACUUGUAUUUAGAGAUGAAAUGAAAAAUACUAAUAAUAGAGAUAUGAACAUUUUUCUAAAGCAUUAAGAAUUUUAAAAAAACAAUUGUUUGGAAUGCUUCAGAACAUACGGGUUUAAAAAGACUUGUUUUAAAUUUUUGUUUUGUCUUUCCGAAUCUUGUAUGCGUUGUAAAUCUUGUGUUUUUUUUACUUUUUACAAAUGAAUUAUAUUAUUUCUUCUGGAGAAAAAGAUUCAAGCGUCACGCCUCCUUAAGACUACAUUAGGUCUCGUGUUCAGUUCAAUACUUUGCUAUCAACCACCAUUUUCAUACGGUGUCAUACUUGCGAUCGUUUUGCUAAAUACAGAUUUAUAAUUUUCCUGGAUCUUAAGUGUAAAUGUUUUUGUUUUAUUUAAAUGUUUUUUUUCUAUUUAUUGGAUAUCAAUGCUAUCCCCUUUUUGAAUAGGGUUGUACAAGUUUGAAAAGUUUUCUAUGGUGAUUCUGAUUUUCGAAUUUAGACAGUUGAGGAGGGGGGGGGGGGGGGUGUAUAUGGGGGGGCUGCUGUUUCACUGGUGCUUACCUCCCCAUUCUGGUCUCUCACCCCUCCAGGUAUAUAUAAAUGAUAUCUUUAAUAAAUAUAACUCCACUUUUCCCGUAGAUGCUAGAAACACACAGGAUGUAGACAACGACUAACGGAAUGCUGUAUCUGUAAUUAUGCUCAUUUUGAAAGUAAAAAACUUAAUUACAGUUUCUUGAAGAUACAGAAAGUGUAGUUAUGUUUGUGUUUAUCUGUAGGUGCUUUUAGAUUUGAAAUGAUUUAAAUGUUUUUUUAAUUUUAUUUUUUAGAUAUUAUAAUAUGAUGGAUAUUGAUUAUGGGAUAGAUGGUGCUAACUGUUCUUUGAACAAACUCCGGUCUCUUUUCCUAAGAUGAAAAUUCUAUUUUUCCUCUUGCAAUAUACCUUUCCUUUUCUCCUUCACUUUGUCGUCAUGUACUUAAAACUGCACUGUUUUAGAGAAUUCACUCAUACACACAACCAACUGAGCCAGACUUGUCUUAAACACUUUGUGAAUUUGUGUGACAUUACUAUGACUAUUAAUAAACGCUUUUGAUAAACCCAA